UGAGCAUGCGCAGUAAGUGCAAACAGUUUUUCCGGGUCUAAAUUGUCACAUGACGAGAGGAAAGUCUUGCUCCGGAUGACCAGAGUCAUCUUUACCCAAAAUUUACAAAUGGCAGUGUUAUCCAGCUGACAUGGCAGGCUGAGCUUGAAAGAACCAUGUCGCUCCAAGCUCCUCGCAUGUCAGUGUUCACUUUUCAGUCUGCAGUACACAGCGCACAUGUUCUUCAGUGUCUGAAUGACCAAAGGCAGCAGGAUGUCCUGUGUGAUGUGACAGUGGUGGUGGAAAACAGGAGCUUUCGGGCUCACUGCUCCGUCUUGGCUUCCUGCAGUGAAUACUUUCACAGCAGGGUUACCAGUGUCACCAGACAGAAUCCUGUCAUCAUCUUGCCUGAUGAGGUGACUGUAGAGGGGUUUGAACCUUUGCUUCAAUUUGCCUACACAUCAAAGCUGCUCUUCACCAAAGAAAACAUUCAUGCCAUUCACAGCAGUGCUGAGUUUUUAGGAUUUCAAGACUUGGAGUCAGCGUGCUUUGAUUUCCUCAUCCCAAAGUUUUCUGAAGGCAAAAGAACCCCACAAGAGGUCAGGCGUAGAGCCUGUUGUCGGAGCCGGGAUCCCAGCACCAGUUUUGGCUCCAGCAUAGAGAGCAGCCAACCAAAAUCAUUUGAGUCUCACAGCUCAGUGCCUUCAGCAGGUGAUGAACAAACAAACUUCCCUACACAGUGUCCUCAGAGCGCACAGGGUCAGACAAACAGUGGGGAAGAACACUUCUGUUUGGAGAACUGCGGGCCACAAAUGGCCCCCUUAUCUCUAGAGUUAACAGCAAAUGGUGUGUGCCCCAUGUUGUCUUUGCCAUGCGCAGACUCUGACAAAGCAGAUCAUCAGUCUCAGUUCUGCGAAAGAGACAUUUUAGAGAUAGGAGAGGUGUGUAAUCAAAGUGAGUUGAAUUUGGCAGACUGUGACUUACCCUGUGAGCUGUCAACCCCAGGGGAUGUGAAUCUGCCAGACCUCAUAGAGCCAGCAGGCAGAGAUGUUAAACAGACUGUUGAGACACUUGGUGCUGAAACCAACUGUAACCCUGGUUCAUGUCCACUCAACACAUCAGGGGCAGAAAAUUGCAGUGAGUUAUUAGAGCAGAGUGAGGCUGGCCUUGAACAGAGAAUAGCAGGUGAUCUCUCAGACCCUACAUUAACUGCUUUAAGCCAUGAAGAGGGAUUUGGGGAGAGGAGCAGUGUGGAGAGGGAGGUGGCUGAACAUCUGGCUAAGGGAUUUUGGUCUGACCUAUGCCCAUCUCAGGCUCAACCACUCCCUCUGGAUCCAAUGGACCAAAACAAUUUGGCAAAAGCAUCAGACUUUCAUUGGCUUAAGCAGCUGGACUUGAGCUCCAGUGCAGGAGACUGUCCUUUCCUCAGGGACCUUGGGACAGGUGAUGACCCAGCUCCACGCACUGACACUCUGUCCCAGUCAGAGAAGAGCCCCUACAUGUCCUCCUCACUCAACUCUGGGGAAGAUUCAGACCUGGACACAGAUGGAGAUACAGAGGCCAACAACAAAAGAGCAGCAGAGAUUAAGCUCCCAUUCCCAGUGGAGCAGAUCUCAGCACUGAGUCGGAGUGCCUUCCAGCAGCUUCUGAGAAACCAUCACCUGACUCAAGAUCAACUGGAGUUUGUUCAUGACGUUCGUCGACGAAGCAAAAACCGUGUGGCUGCACAGCGCUGCCGAAAGAGGAAACUAGACAGCAUACAGCAGCUAGAAUGUGAAAUCAAAAGAUUAAAAAGUGAGAAAGAACGACUGCUGCAGGAGCGAACUGAGCUGGAGCAAAACCUGGAGGAGACACGACAGAGUCUUUGUGGGUUAUGUAAGAGUGUCAGCAUUGAGUCUGGUUCUGAUCAGGACCACUUGCAGCUUCUUGCCAAGCUCUCCUCACCAGACUUCCCGAUCGCCUCCCCAAGCCCUGGUUGUAAAGAAGAGGAGUCCGAGAUCACUAUUGAAAUGGUAAGUUCAGAGUGUGACUCGAGCGGACCACCUGCAGGCUCAGUUGAGACUGCUGCACCAGAGAUUGGCACACAGACAGAAAAGGCAGCUUCUCCACAGAGCUGCCCUGAUCCUGCAUCUUUGCUUAACGCUUGUCUGGAUAUGAACAACAGCUUAUAAUUGGACUAAAAUUCCAUUUCUAAUCAUGCAGGACCAUGGGCGGGGUGCUAACUUUCAAUAUAUACUGUAAUCCCCUUUUGGGACAGAAAUGCUUUCCUGUUUAUUUCACUCAAUAAUUUUCUGCCUGAUAGAGGUACAGAUGGGUAACAAAUUAAAGGAAAAAUCUAAGGUGUUGAAUCACCAUGUGCCACCAGAACAGCUUCAAUGCGCCUUGGCAUUUAUUCUACAAAUCUCUGGGACUCUACUAGAGGGAUUGAACACAUUCUUCCAUAAGAUAUUCCCUCAUGUGGUGUUUUGAUGAUGUUGGUGGAGAGUGCUGUCUAACAUGUUAGUGCAAAAUCAACUACAGGUGUUCAUUUGGGUUAAGAUCUGGUGACUGCGAAAGCCAUAAUAUAUAAUUUACAUAAUUUUCAUACUCAUUAAACCAUUCAGUGACCCUUCGUGCCCUAUGGAUGGGAGCAUUGUCAUCCUGGAAGAGACCACUCCCAUCAGGGCAGAAAUGUUUCAUCAUGGGAUGACACAUGAAAAACCUGGUAUUGAUUUGCACUGACCCUUCCCUGUAAGGGCAAGUGGUUUCAAUUCAUGCUAACAGAAUGCCUCCCACAGCGUAACAGGGCCACUACAUGCCCUCAUUGUAGGGGUCAGGUAUUCAGGCCUGUACUGUUCCCUUGAUGCACUCUCCCACUUGUCGAAAAAAUGGUAAAGAAUGACUCAUCUGACCAUAUCACUUUUUCCACAUCUCUGUAGACCAGCGCCUAUGAUUUUUGCACCACUGAACUCUAAAAUGUGCAUUCAUCUUUGUAAUGAGGAAUUUAUGCACUGCAGCUCUACUCUGAUAUUCCUUUCUAUGUAAUUGUUGAUGGACUGGUCUUGCUGACUCAGUCUGAUCAUGUGCUGCAUUGUCAUUCUCAGUCACUCGAGGAAGAGUUGCUUUUCUGUUUGUCCUUUCUCUUUGCACUGAUGCACGAGCAUCACAGUAAUCAAAUGUCCACCGUCAACCACAAUUUCCAACACUAUUUCCUGUUGCCUUUUCCAUAGAUCUAAAUGCAAAUGUCACCAGUUGAGCAGUCUCUUUGACCGCAGCUUCUGCCAUCUGGGCCCCAACAAUGAACCCUCUUUCAAAGUCACUCAGAUCUUUUCCUUUCACCACCUUGCCAUAAAGCAUGAGGGGAUAUAAAGUGCUCAACUGUCUCAUUCAGAACACCUGUGUGGAAGCUUCUGCAUUUGUUAAGUUUCCUUCAAUUUGGCACCCAUCUGUAUCUAAAAUUGACAUAUAGAAAUGUCAAAUAUCCUUAGCUGUAUUUCUAAUAUGCAUUUCACUGUAGUAAACACAGACUCCAGUAUUCAUCAUUUUGACGGUGCAGACAACUUUCAGGUAAUUCCCAAAUGUUUCCAUUUGUAAAUUAGGAGGACAGAUCUUAUAAUUAAGUUUGAUUUUCUCAGGGACACUCAUAACCUGAUGUGUUUUGAUGUCUAAAAUAAUUCUCUUCGCACACCCACCCCUCUCCCUUCCUUACACCCACACAGACUCGCAGUUUUGAUAAUAAGAUGUUUCUUUCAUUCUAGGUUAAUUAGUUUGUUUCAAUAUAAUAUUGACACAUACUGUUUUAUUCCACCAGUAUGCUUUGAUUAAAUAUGCACAGCACUAACAGUACUUUUUACCGUAGAUUUCAAGGAAGUGUUAGAGCUAACAAUAACAUGUAUGAUUUGAAUGAAUAACUGUCAGCUUACCCCAAUAUUUGAGGAAUGGUUGCAGUGUGUCAGACAGUGUUAAAGGGGAACAUAAGGAAUUAUGUUAUUUGAUGCAAAACGUGCCUUAUGCAGUAGUAUAGAAUGAAUAGAGAAAGAUAAUGGCAAUCUUUAUAUAUUCUUGUCUCAAGCACUGUAGCACAUUAACCCCGAGCCCAUAUUGAUGGCAUUCUCGUAUGUUUAGGUCUGUCUGCAUGUUGAGUAUUUUUUAUUAUAUACUUUCAUGGAUUACAGAUUGAAAUAAACAACAUUUUGUUACCA